CGCCCGCCCCUCCGUGGCAGUGGCAGCCUAGGGGCCGUGGCUGCAGCGGCCGCCGCUGCGGAGCAACCUGGCCCCUGGCGGUGUCGGUCGCGGCCCCCCCGGAGCAGCCCCGCCCGCCCCGAGCCAUGCUGCUGCUGCUGGCGGCCGCCUGCGUCGUGGCCUUGGUGCUGCUGCUCUACAUGGUGUCGCCGCUCAUCAGCCCCAAGCCCCUCAAGCUGCCCGGCGCCCACGUCGUGGUAACUGGGGGUUCCAGUGGAAUUGGAAAAUGUGUUGCUAUUGAAUGCUAUAAACAGGGUGCAUUUAUAACUCUGAUUGCAAGAAAUGAGAGCAAGCUGCUGCAGACAAAGAAGGAAAUUGAAAAAUACUCUGUUAAUGAUAAACAGGUUGUGCUUUGUAUAUCUGUUGAUGUGUCUAAAGACUAUGGACAUGUGGAAAAUGUCCUUAAACAAGCUCAAGAAAAGUUGGGUCCCGUUGACAUGCUUAUAAACUGUGCAGGAACAGCAAUUACGGGGAAAUUUGAAGAUCUUGAAGUGAGCUGUUUUGAAAGGUUAAUGGCAGUCAACUAUCUGGGUAGUGUUUACCCCAGCUAUGCAGUAAUUGCUACCAUGAAGGAACGAAGAAUGGGAAGGAUUGUGUUUGUAUCAUCUCAGGCUGGACAACUGGGAUUAUUUGGUUACACAGCUUAUUCUCCAACAAAGUUUGCUCUUCGAGGAUUUGCUGAAGCCCUGCAAAUGGAGGUAAAGCCUUAUAACAUCUAUGUCACAGUUGCCUAUCCUCCAGAUACUGACACACCUGGCUUUGCAGAAGAAAGCAAAACAAAGCCUUUAGAGACUAAACUAAUAUCCGAAACUUCAUCUGUUUGCCAAGCAGAACAGGUUGCCAGAGUUCUUGUUAAAGAUGCCAUACAAGGAAACUUUAACAGUUUUAUGGGCUCAGAUGGUUAUAUGCUAUCAAUACUGACCAGUGGAAUGUCACCAGUCACUUCUAUUACUGAAGCUCUUCAGCAGGUUGUUUGCAUGGGCAUUUUUCGCAUCAUCGGUUUGUUUUACCUAGGAAGUUUUGACAGCAUAGUUCGUCGCUGCAUGAUACAAAGGGAAAAAUCUGAAAAUACAGAUAAAACUAAAUAAUCUUUACUCACUGAAUCAGAAGAAUGUUAAUUUUGGACAGCUUGCUGUGACAUAGGACUCAGUUUCUCAUCUGAAGACUUUGAUUUAAAUGCUCUAUAUGACAGAUGAGUUCCUUUGAAAUGCAAGUAAAAGAGAAAACAAAAGUACAAUCCCAGGAAAUGCCAAAACUAUGCAAAAGUGUGAAUGAAGACCAAUUUUUUCAAUGGUUUAAAUUGAAGAGAUGUUUGUGAAUCUAGAGACAAUAAGUGUGAGAGUAAAAUCUCAAAAGUGGGUUAUUUGCUGGUAAUUCUGGACAAAUACUUAAGUUUUCUUUCUUUGAUGGUAUAUUUAGAGGCAAGGAUAAAGAUAAGUACCAUCACACAUUGAACCUAAGAAGUUUGAACUCUCCUUGAAGAGGGAGUAUAGGUUCCUAACAGAUUUCCACAACCAUAUUUUAACCUUGAAUAUUCUGAUUACUGAUUUACCGACAAUGGGAAAAGUAAACAGACUGAUUCAUGGUGUUCAUCAUGCACUACAGUGAUGGCUAUGGGAGCCUUACGUGGGAGUACUCAGAUGAUCCGAAGCUGCUCAGUGUGGGAGUAGUUGAGGUAUGCUUUCGUAACUGCAUACCCUUCUAAAGGGAGAUGAAGAACCCAGUUCUCCACUGAGAAAUGCCAGGAAAUAUUUUUCUGAUCUUUGGAAAUACCUUCUAAAUAAAUCAGACUAUUUGAACAAGAAGUAAUUAAAGUCUAACUUCAAAUUGAUGUAUAAUGUUCUAAUUUAUCUCCUUUAUUUGUCAGUUGAGCUGAGGAGAGAAAGGUAGCUUAUGUUGCCAUUAUGCACACUUUUAAACUGCAAAUGAUGAGCCAAACAAAUAGUUUAUAGAAUCAGUUGUAAUUAAAAUGUUAAUUUAAAAUGCUUUGCUGUAGCAGUAAUGUAGCUUUCAGGAUGGACAAAAUGGUAUUCCAGGUUAAUUUAUCCCUCGAUGUAAAUAUACUUGUUGGGAUGACACGGUCUGGUUUAAAAAUACACUCCACACUCUUGGUUUUUAUUGGAUGAACAUAGAAAUUAAGGGCACUUCACAUCUAUGCCAAACUACACUGAACUUAGUGUUUUCUAACAAUUAAGUUUCUAACACUGAAAAUUCAUAACAAUGAUAGCAUAAAGAGAAUGAUCUAUUGUUCAGUUGGACUUCUACAGUAAGUGCCUAUGAGUUGUCUUUUUUGUUUGUUUCCAAAAACUGCAUCUUUCAUAUUUGUUACAUGUCUACUUUUUCAGAUGUCAGGCUUUCCUGUUCUCAAUCAAUAUUUUGAAAGAGUUUAAAACUUAGCUGGUAACAUUUGUCAUUCUCACUUUCUCCACAGGAAUAGAUUUUAAUCAAAUAUUGGGUGAAAUUGAUACUGUUUUUUAGUGCUCUGUAUCUCUCAUGUACUGAAUGGUUUAAUGUGUGUGACACUAAAAGUUGUAAUUUUUUUUUUACCUUACAUUAUUAAUUGGAUAAACUUCUAAAAUGUAUCUCAUUAUUGAUACUAUUUAUACACAUGCAUAUUCAGGGCAAUUAGUUAAUUUAGCUUAUUGGAUUUUUUGCAGUAGCAUAGUGCUGCAGUGUUUGCUCUGUAAAUCCUAUAGGGGAAUGUUCAUACUGACAGCCUACUGACAGUUUCUCAUUAAGAGACUGAAUGUUUGUAUUGGGCUUUACAAUAAUACUCUUCACAAAGUCUAAGAUAGGGGGCCAACUUACCAGAGUGUCUCUUUAAAUAUGUAAACAAUUGCAUGCCUCAAAUUAUAAGAGUGAAUAGAUUUGAGGAUAGUGGGUGUCCUUACAAUUCCAAACUGCUGAGUUUCACAGCAGAAGCUAUUUUGCGUAUACAUUAGUUACUGUGCUGUUUUAUAAUGGAUUGUGUAUUAUGAAGCAUUUAAACUAAAAUCCAGUCAUUGUUUGCUUUGUUUACUGAAGUCAUUACAGCCAUGCUCUCCAGACCUGAUAUAGCUUGAUAGUGUGUAUAGUAUACCAAUCCUUAAUAUAAAUAAAGAAUAAGAUGAAAAUAAAAGUGUACAAACCAGCUACCAAGUCAAUGAGUUGCUAUUUCUGUCAACAUGCUAAAAAUAACAUUGAUUUUCUGACUUAAAUUUUGGUCUUCAGGCUUUGACAUCAAAAGCAACUUGAGAUUUUGGGUAUUCAGUACUUAUUGAGUUACCUGAACUGAAAAUUGUGCCCUGUUUAUCAUCAGUUGGGUAGCCUGUCAUUAGCCACUUGAAAAUGCUGGUUGAAGAUUCCAAAUUAAGGAUGGUGCUUGCUCUUACAUUUUAAGUUUUGUGUUUUGAUAAUACUACUGAAUUAAUUUAACUGUGUCCAAAUCCUACAAAGAGAUGUGCAUGUGCUUCACUUUGUAGGUUGUAAGUACUUCCAUUUGGCUAUGGCCUUAAAACAUAGGUUGACAGAGGUGUGAAAAAUCCACACCCCCCGAAUAUUUGCAGUGAUGAUGACCUAACUCCUAAAGUGUAAGAAUCUAAGAAUGUUUCCAUUGAUCUAGCUAUAAUCAUUUGGGGAGGUGGAGUUCCUACAUCAAUGAAAGAAACCUUCCAUCACUGUAGUCUGCAUCUGCACUAUGGGGUUACAACAGCAUAGGUUAUACCACAGUUAAGUAAGGUUUGCAUAUUGGACACUAUAUCUGUUUUAGUAGUGUGAACCAGGUAAGUAAAGAAUUUGAUCUUUACAUGUCAUAGUUUUGUUGGUGCAAGCUAGUGCAUUUAGUUAACUGACAGACUUUCAUAUACAUUAUGAUUUUGCAGUUCAUUACUUUCAUUAACAAACAAUUUGGAAAUAAUCAAAACAAAGUGGUUCCAAUAAGGCAUUAGCAUAAAGCUGUAAACAUUGGGAAAGAACUAAAAACAAAAAUACUUUGUAAUCUUGUGGGGAAAAAAUGACUGACAGUUUACAGAUUGUCAGCUAAAUUUAAUAAAGAUACUUGCAUCUAUUUUUUUCAGUAAUGCCACAGAUCUCUGAAGAAUUUAAAACAAAAUACUAUUUACCACUCUUGUCAAAUUGACAAUAUGUAAUUGAUGUUAUAAACACUCUCAAAUGUUAUGCCUUUUCUUGAAUGAUCUUAAAUAUUCCAUUUAAGUUUUGAUAGUUGAGACAAAAAUUUUCUCUUCUGGUUCAUCUAGUUUCUAGUUACUGCUUUAAAGUUAGACUUAUUAGACAUUAUACUUAUUACCUAAAAUUCUGGUGUAUGUACAGUUUAAGUAGGUUUAAUAUUUACUAAGGAAAGAAGGAAAUAUGUAGUUACAUGUUAGUUUGCUGUGAAACAUUCUAGGCACUUUUAAAUGGUAACAUUGUGUAUGGAUGGCUUUUUUUACACAACCUAUCCUUCCUUGAGUUUAUUGCUUCAAAAGCUUUUGUGCCAGAACUGUAAGUUUUCAUGUUUUGUAUUUCUCAAAAUAAAUGGAGGAACAAGAGUGCUUACUCUGAA